CGGGAUACGUACGUCUGCUCAACAACCCAAGCUGCCGUCUACGGUGAUAAGAAUGGACAUUUAACCCAUUUCACAGCUUAUGUUUAAUAUACUAACCUUCUACUUCACGGACGACCCGGAUUGGCAGGCGCGAGACUGCGAGAUGCAGAUGCCAGACGGCGAGAUGAGAGUGGUCAGAACGUGGGCACCUUACCUCGUCGGCGAUCCAGUCUACGACGAAUUCAAAAAUUACGACAUCGAGAUGCGCACUUUGAUAGCCCGGUGCAUGGCGGACGAUCCUGACGACCGGCCGCCCCUAGACGAGCUCGUCGAUGCCAUCGAAUAUUUUAUAGGGCAAGGGGAUGAGGCGGCAAAUGAAGAGUCUCGAAGGUUGGAAGAGAUGAGGGCUCAGAAUCAAGAACCACGACCACCCCCCAUAGACGUCAAGAGAGCGCCUGACGUCGAGUCCGACGAAUUGCUGAAAAGAUGGGCCAGAGAGUAUAUCAAUGAGCCGCUUAUGAGACAGGAUCCCUAUGCCGAUCUGUGGGAUUCAUAGUAAACCUUCGGGGAUAGUAGAGGGUGCAUAUCGGGAUCAUAUGGCGCUGAGGCUUUUUUGUUCUUUUAUUC